GGGCCGCGGCGCGCUCGGCGCUUGCUCCCUGGCUGGCGCUCCUCAGUCGGCCGCUGCCUGCCUGUCGCCGGGCUGGGAGCGCCUGUGUGUGUGUGAGUGACGCGGCGGAGGUGUAGUUUGACGCGGUGUGUUACGUGGGGGAGAGAAUAAAACUGCGGCGAGAUCCUAGGCGCGAACGAAAGCAGUGACGGAGCAGCCUGGUAACCGGUAACUAAAUGACCAUGGAAUCUGGAGCAGAGAACCAGCAGAGUGGAGAUGCAGCCGUUACAGAGGCAGAAACCCAACAGAUGACAGUACAGGCACAACCACAGAUUGCAACAUUAGCCCAGGUAUCUAUGCCAGCGGCCCAUGCAACGUCUUCUGCACCCACGGUGACCUUAGUUCAGCUGCCCAAUGGGCAGACAGUUCAAGUGCAUGGAGUAAUUCAGGCGGCUCAGCCAUCAGUUAUUCAGUCUCCACAGGUCCAGACAGUUCAGAUCUCCACCAUAGCAGAAAGUGAAGAUUCACAGGAAUCAGUAGACAGUGUCACGGACUCACAGAAACGAAGAGAAAUCCUUUCCAGACGACCCUCCUACAGAAAAAUUUUGAAUGACUUGUCCUCAGACGCCCCAGGAGUGCCAAGGAUCGAAGAAGAGAAGUCUGAAGAGGAAACAGCAGCACCUGCCAUCGCCACUGUUACGGUGCCAACUCCCAUUUACCAAACCAGCAGUGGGCAGUACAUUGCUAUUACCCAAGGAGGAGCAAUACAGUUGUCUAACAAUGGCACAGAUGGAGUACAAGGUCUCCAGACGUUGACUAUGACCAAUGCAGCUGCAACCCAACCUGGCACCACAAUUUUACAAUAUGCACAGACCACAGAUGGACAACAGAUACUUGUACCCAGUAACCAAGUUGUUGUACAAGCUGCCUCAGGAGAUGUGCAGACUUACCAGAUUCGCACCGCCCCUACCAGCACCAUUGCACCAGGUGUAGUCAUGGCAUCCUCGCCAGCACUUCCGACCCAGCCAGCAGAAGAGGCCGCACGGAAGAGAGAAGUGCGUCUAAUGAAGAACAGAGAGGCAGCACGUGAAUGUCGCAGGAAGAAAAAGGAGUAUGUGAAAUGUCUAGAAAAUCGAGUGGCUGUGCUUGAAAACCAAAACAAGACACUGAUCGAGGAGUUGAAAGCACUUAAGGACCUUUACUGCCACAAAUCAGAUUAAUUUUGGAUUCCCAUUUGUCCAGGUGGGAUAGAGACUGGUUCUGGCUAUAUCCAGAAAGACAAAGUAAACUUUUUAUUUUCUAAACAUUUCUUUUUUUCUAUGCGCAAAACUGCCUGAAGCAACUACAGAAUAUAUUUCAUCUGUGCUUUGCAUCAAACUGUGAAUGUUCAAGUACUUGCCUCCACUCCCCCCCACAAGAUUAUUUUCAUCAUCAAUCUCUGCGUGAAGAACAGGCUUCUUUCUCGUCUCCCCAUCCUCUUCAAGGAGUCACAAUGUUCACUUGGAAAGUUACUGUGGGGAGAGUCCUUUUGUAAUGAUGUCAAGAAUUUGUGCUGAGCUCUUUCCAUUGCCUUAGAGACAGAACCACCCCAGCCUCUUGGUCCUGAGAACUGUGGGCCACAUACAUGGAGCGUGCAUGAUGCAGUGAAGAAGCAUUGGUUGCCAAAUUGGUUUCCCAUAUUCAUUAUGAACUGUAAAAAUACACAGCUAAGUGGCAUGCCAAAUGAAAGGCACUUCAGAAUCAUGUUCUUGGUGUGGAGACAGCAUACCUUUUCAACUAGCCCAGGAGGGAUUUUGAUUUGUAAUCUAUAUUAAGCCCUCCUGGACUAGUAAAAACUUCUCCAUACCUCAGAAACAAACCUCAUUGAAAUGAGCUUCAUUGGUCAGUUGUUGCUUCUCAAAGCCUAUGUGUGUGCAAACGUAUUCAGCAUUCUGAAUGCACAAAAAGCAAACACCAACUUCAUAGGAUAUUGUCUGGGAAAUGGUAUUUGGAUAGGAAAGUUAUUCAGAAUAAAAAAGGUACAAGAGUGAUGUUACGAAAACAGUUGUGUAGUAACCAAAUGGUAAGACAUGAAAGCACUACCUGUUUGUGUGCAGAGCAACUAAGCAGUUGAAGUGUGGCCAACUCCACAUACAUACUCCCUGGUGACAGUAUAGUCUGUGUCCCAAGUCCUCUCAAACACUGAGGUUAUUUCUGUUGCCCUGCCACUGUCUUAUGUAAUGGAAAUUACUGUACUCAAUGGAAACAUCAGCCUGGUUUGCUGGAUACUUUUUCAAACUUUGAAGCUGCCUUCCAUACAUAAAUUAAACUGUGGUAUAACAACUACCAGGACAACCUCAAACACUGAAGAGGACUUCAGGCACAAAUAUUCCAACUCCUGCUUUGCAAGGGACAAUGUUAGUUAUUUGAAUCUGGCCAGGCUAGCUAAAUUUAUUUAUUCAGAGGAUUUUUUUUUUAUGUAAAAGGUCAGAUUUACCAAGUAAUUUAUUCCUGUGAGUAAAGUUACUCCUGCACCUCAGAUGUCUGCAAGGUGAUUUGUUUUGUGUGUGCACUGAGGAAAUCCAAUCUUUCACAAAUUUACAUUGUUAAAAAGGUAGUUCAUGUUCAAAACCAACUCUGUACUAAGCAUUAGGACUUUGAAGGAAUCAUGCUCAAAAAGAACCACAGAAGAAUGUUAAGAAGUCAUCAUAAGAAUGUGUCCAGAAGAAUCAUGCGCAAUUUGUUUACUGGCCCUCUGAUGCUUGUCUCUUGAUAAAUCAACUUGUGUCAUUUGAUGGAGUAAGUUUACUUUGGGCUUCUGGUCAAACUUUUAUGUAUAGGGAUAAACGAAUAAGACUGUGGUUAUGUACUAAUGCCGUGCCUAGCAAAGUAUUAACUAAUACCUUUUUUCCCAUUCACUCUAUCUGAUUUUCAGACAGACUUCAAACAUGAACUUCUAAAAGGUUUUACAAUCAAUGUGACAUUAUGGAAAGAACUUUUGGAAGACUCUGGGCAGUUGAGUCUCAAACAGUUAACCAGUAUUAGAAGUUCCAGUUUUCUCGUUUGAGAGGGCAUUCAGUUUCCAAGAGACUUUAAAAGGAGUUUAAAAGGUUAAACUUACAGCAUUAGUGUUAAAUCUGGAGUUAUCAAUAAUUUCAAAUUAUGUAUUUCAGGAAGAUAACUUGAGUAUCAGAAUGAUUGAAGAAUUCCUUUUCAUUAAUUUUGAGGGGAUUUAUAAAUUGUCUAUUUUUAUCUGCCUUAGAGAAUUGAUUCUCAUGGUUUUAUUUAAUGGAAGAUGAAACUUACUAGUUUAACAAUACAAAUUUGAAGAAGACCCUAAAUUCUCAGCAAUGCUGUUGUAAAAAACAUCAGAGAAUGCAAAUACAUACAGCAGUUACCAGAACUAGUGUUGAAGUAGAAAUGUUGAUAACGCAGGAGUUGUUCUUGUAAAACGAAGCUCAUGGCCUAGUUUGCACAUGUAUAUAGAAUGGUUCCUCCAGAUCUGAGAAACACGGAAGAGUCUGUACAUGCCUACAUUAAGGCUGUUUCUUAUGUAGAACCUUCUGUUUGCAAAAACUUGAGGUUUUGCAGUGAACCUGAAUGAGGCUAGCUGUGAUCUGAGAGCUGUUCUAGUGGGUAAUGAGCACCAUCUAGCACUUGCUGAUGGUCACUUGGCACAGAGCCUCAGAGCUGGAUGGACCAGGGAACCUAAAAUGGUACCUGGACAGGGUUCUUCUCAUACAGGGUUGGUGCAAAUUCAUUCAGCAGUGAGAGGAGAGCUGUAACUGGUUUGGCUGUGCAUGGUCUGCAAGUAGUCUGUAGUGUUCCUAGUCUAGGCCUCAUUAGCAACCAGUGUUUCAUUAAGGAAAAGAAGAACAUUAUUUUAAAAUGCAUAGGGAUCUGCAAGAAUCUUUAUUUUUAUUUAUGCUGCACUGAGGAUUUAGGGACUUGAAUUUAUUUAAUGGAAAUUUGAAAUUACAAUAAUAAAAAUGUAUUAGACCGAGUAUAGGGUUGUCCAUACAUGCUUUACAAUUCAUGUUGACUCAAAAAGGGAAAGAACAUGGCACAGGGAUCCAGUCAUACUUUAUUUACCAAGUAGUGAGGUUGGGGUAAUCAGCUUCUAUAAACUAAGGCCAUUGGAAGUAGGACAGAAUUUAUGCUGGCAGGGGGGAGGGUUAGUUUCCUAUCUCACAGUUGUGAGUUUUCAAGAAUUGAUAGCCUGUUUUACCUGAAGAGAGGGUUAGAAAGGGCUAGAUCCAUUAUGUUCAUAAUAAACAAGAAUUGAUUUGAAAUAUAAUUUUUGUAAUGUCAUUAUUUUGCAAAACAACAGCACCAGUCAGGCAGUUAAGAUAUUGUCAGAGGUGCUCUUUUAAUUUAGAUAUUCUUGGAAAAUACAUAUGUAUAAUAUAUGUACAUAUAUAUAUACACACAGUAUAUAAUCUACAGCUCUGAGAGCUUUUAAGUCAGGAAUGCUGAGUAUUAUAGUUAUAUGGAGGUCAGAAAAGAUUUUUACUUCUUCUGUGUGUGUCUGGGUGCGUGUGGAUGUGUGCGUGUGUGAAAGCUUCCCCCGCCCCAGUCCUUCUGGGCUGCAUUAUUCGAGCGCUUAUUGCUGAUUUGUUUUGUGCUGUUCCUCAGUUACUCGUUUUCAAGAACUUUAUUUCACCUUUCAUGGCUUUUGUGAGGUUUGUUUUCAUUUUUCAUUGAUGGAGGUUUUUAAAGUUAUGUAAACCAACCACCACCAGCCCCAGAAUGAUUCACUUUUGUGCUUUUUUCUCUUUGGCAGCUAUAUAUCAAAGGCAAAAACAAUUGGAAAGGUUGUUAAGGUGUUGUGUUUGUUUUCUAAAGGAACCACUGGUAAGAGUUCUGGUUUUCCUCCUGGGGUGGUGGCGAUGCGUUUUAAUUUAAGCAGCGAUUUCACCAGCAUCAGGUAGUUACCAGCAUCACUGCUUGUAUCUGAAAGCACAAUUUUAGCCUGUCAUGCUCAUCAGGACUGUACAGACACCUGUAGGUUCUGACUCUCUGUAGUUGGUGUUUGCGUUUAGAGCAGGCUUCUCUGGUACUUGUACAUUGAUCAGAAAAUUGGUGGGGUGUUUGGAAUCAUUAAGAGGCUCAGGAAAAAAACUGUAAAAAUAAAAGGAAAACAGCCCUGAGAGUUUCUGAUCUAAAUUUGUACUAUGUUUUUCUUUUACAUUUGGGCUUCCAAGUAGCCUACAGCUGCAAGUAGUCCUCUGUUAGCGAAAACUGGCCUCUGCUUCUCUAUUUUACGUCUUUUUAAUUUAAGACAACCAGUGCUUUUUGUGGGUCAAAGACAAGUCUCCCCAUCAAAGCAAGUUCAGUAUCAGUGCAAAUCUAUGGCAAUUCAUCAAGGAUUUCAUUGGUUUUCAAAGACCCUGUUUUUAUUGUCAUUUAUCCCCCCGGAAGCUGGUUAGUGAUGUGACAUUUGCCAAUGAUCUAACCAAAAGGUCAUGUAUUUAUUUUUAUUACACUAUAUUCUUUGUAAAUGUUUAAUUAAAAUGUGCACUUUUUUAAGAAAAAAAAAAAGAAUUCUAAAAAAUAAAAAACACACACAGAACAAAAUAAAAGAUCAGUUGGGUUUGCUUGAGAAGCUUCUUCCUGGCACGGUUGUUGUAAUCCUGCUGCCUGCACACGAUUCACUCCUCUCCCCCCAGCAAAUUUAACUUGCUGAUUAGCACCUGGCAUCCAGCAGGCAUUACUUCAGAAUGGCAGGAGAUCUGCACUGGCAGCGCUGAGGACUGAAAAGUAUUAAGUGUGUGGUGGCUCAGAGCAGUAGGUACAGGAUGGAUGUGGAACUAUUUUUAGAGUAGAACUAGUUCAGUGAUCCCAGUUGGGAAAGGGAGGUGAAUCUGGAAGGAAGGCUGAACUGGUUUUCAGCCACUUUAUUCCCCUUCUCUUAAUUUGAGAUUUGGCUGCAGAUUUGACAAGGUGCAUUCCAAGACAAUAAAUCAAAAGGCUUUCCAAUCCUUUGACACCAGGAAGUAAAGGUACAUUGUCAGUGGGUCACCCUGCUUUAAAAAACAUGAGAAAAGCACAACCACCUUUCUUUUGCAGGAACAGUGAUAGCUUAGCUAUAACCCUGAAACCUGUCACUGUGAGCAGGUUUUAAAAGCGUAUAGUACACUGAUGGCUCUCUCUGCUGUGCCUGGGAACUCAUUUCCCUGAGCUUUUGAAUUUGCUAGCUGUAGAAGACGCUGAUUUUGCAAAAACCUGAAUGUAUCAUGAAGCUCAGUUGGUCUGGGAGGAGCCAGACUGAUGAAGAGAAACAGGGUGCUUUCAAUCCUACCUACUGUGUGCUUGUGGCAGGUUCAGGUCUGUGGAUGGAUACGGCAUAAACCUGUACAUCUUUGGAGAAAAGGGACCAGAUCCAGUUGGUAAAGAGUUUGCAUUUCAAGAGUUUUGCCUUGCAGUUUGUUUUCUAAAAGUAUUUAAGCCCUGGCCGGCAAAGAGAGUAGCUCAGGCUAGUUAGAGUAGCACAGAUUGAAGACGGUGACCUGUUUGUGUCCUGGCAGUGGAGGUGCAGGUUGUGGCUUGCUGUGUAAGUGGUGAGUUCAGGUCUCACUUUCAUCAGUGAGAGGCGGCAGAAGUCAGCCAUCCUCAGGAGCUGUGUGCUGGCAGGGAAGGGGCUAGGGGCAGGCUGUAAUGAUCCAUGGUUGGCACACUUCGUACACUGACCACGUACUGUACUCAUGGCUUGGGAGCAGUCAGUUCACCCUGUCUCAGCCUCAGUUAUGUAUUUCUCUAAAUUAGGGGAUAGCUGAGUGAGAGCAUGGGGAAGGAAAGGCUUGAGGCAGUUAGUUACCUGGAAAUGGCCACUCGAGAAUUAAGGAUGUCCAGGUGCUCUCCACAAGUUGUGUUUUAUCCGGGUGCCACUCCAUGUUUUGUGUGUGUGUGUGUAAUGACAUUUAUUUAUAUUAAAACAUGAAUUUUAAGAAGUUCUAGAACUUCAAGUUUUGUAUGAGGUUUGAAACUGUGCUGCUUAUAAGGACUUCUAGGAAUGGGAAGGGGAACAGGGCAAGAAAAGGUGCUACAUGGCAGCCAACCCCUCCACAGACUUGUCCACAGAUUGGUUGUUCACGUGAAAAAUCAGUUGUUUCUACUCUGGAUUUAUAAUUUGGAAUUGUUUUGGAACAACGUUUUUUCAGGGAAGCUUCCAGAGCGAAGGUUAUUAUUCUCCCUUUGUAAUGUAAGCUGGUAAGAGCAAGUUCACCCCCUCUGCAUUUCUGAUUCUUUACCCCCACACAUCAGCACAGAACAGGGUAUUUGAACUCGACUCCCACAUACUUGUGGAAGUUAAAAGACUAAAUGAAAAUCCAUUAUUUGGGGGGAAAUAAAUUCUUAUUUACAUGUCCCCAAAAAUCUAGAAACAUCCCUGUUGUGUUUUGGGGUUUGGGUUGCUUUUGGGGGUUGUUGGUUUUUUUUUUACUUAUUUUUUUUGUGCUUUAUCUGUGUUUUUUUAAAACAAAAUUGUACUGGGUUAUAAUGCAUUUUAUUAACACUAUGUACAUAUUAGCUGCUUUGUGUUUCAGGAUGGUAGUAAUUGCUUUGUAUAUUAAAGUGAUUCUUGUGAAUUUGUGAA